CAGGAAGUGUAGCAUGAUUUAGUUUUCUCCAGCCUAGCAGAUAGGUCUGUGAGUAUAGACUUGCCUUUUUUGCAUUUCAUGGGCAGAGGACAACUGCACCAGGCGUGUAAGAGCUACUCACCAAGAUGAUCAAAAUUGGAGUGAUUGUGGUACUUCUCAGUUUGAUGUAUGUGACACAAUGCAAUGAUGUUCAGUAUCAAACUCAAGUUCGGGAGAUUCAUCCUGGGGACCCAGUGACUCUCUACUGUGUUUUUUCAAAGGAAGAUAUCAAUAUGUUCUGGUACAAACAAAUGGUGGGGCAAAAGCCUCAAAGUAUUGUAACAAUGACAAAAUAUGAUAUGCCUGUAUGGCACAAGGACUUUAACCAUUCACGUUUCAAUGUGGAGAAGGCUGAUGCUGAUGGGAUGUAUCGACUUGCUAUUACAAACACGGACCCAACAGAUGAAGCCGUGUACUAUUGUGCAGUGAGAACAGCCUAUGAAGUCAACUUUAUCAAUGGGACUCAUUUACUAUUGAAAGGUAAGAAUCACCAAAGGUCACACUACCAUACUGUGGUGCAGAGGCCAGUGUCUGACCCAGUCCAUCCAGGAGACUCUGUGACUCUACAGUGUACAGUACUCACUGAGACCUGUACAGGAGAACACAGUGUGUACUGGUUCAGAGCCGGAUCAGGAGAAUCCCAUCCAGGAGUCAUUUACACCUCUGGGAACAGGAGUGAUGAGUGUCAGAAGAACCCCGAGACUCCCUCUCCUACACAGAGCUGUGUCUACAGCUUCUCAAAGAACAACCUCAGCCUCUCUGAUGCUGGGACUUACUACUGUGCUGUGGCCACAUGUGGGGAGAUCUUCUUUGGCAAUGGAACAAACCUGCAUAUUGAAAAAGCAACAGAUCCUGUAAUCAUUGCUUUAGGAGUGACCUCGGCCAUCUGUGUGAUAGGGAUCAUUAUCCUCAUCUGCACCAGACAUACUAGACCAGUUUGUGAACAUUGUAAAGCGGGUGCUUUUCAGCAUAUCGGACAUGACAACUCAAGUAGAGAAUCAAGCAGCAAGGAUCAAGAUGCAGAUACCCUGAAUUAUGCUGCAUUGAACUUCUCUGAGAGGAAAACUAAAAGAGGAAGAAAGAAGAGAGAGACACCACAGGAGAGUGUGUACUCUGAUGUCAGGUGUUCAGACUGGGAGUGAACUACAGUACAGAGGAAUACAUUUUGGUCAAAAAUCGAUUUUUUAAUUGCUAUUAUAUACUUUAAUUGUCAAGACAAAAAGCAACACUCUUUUGUAUCAUAGGGCAUCAGGGUUUUUCUCAUCUCUGCAACCCAGAACCUAAUCUCAUUUCUAGACUAAUGUGAGUAGCAGAACAAAGGACAUAUCCUCUAUCCUGUAUUUUAUUGUUCAUGUUUUAACGUAAUUCAAGAAUUGAUCCCAAUUGUUGCUGUAAUGUUAAAUUAAGCUUGUGAUAUUUAUGUUUAUUUUUAUCUAGUAUACUUUGUGUAGUAUCAUUGCAUACCACAGCAUUUCUUGAGUUCAAAUUUGAAUUUAUGUAUCUGUUGAUGUACCGUAUAUUUGCUUUAUUACAUUACAAAAUGUACCAUUGCAUAUUAAAACACAUUUCACCAAUAAAAUAUUGUUUCCAUGUGAACCCA